AUGUCAGAGAUUAAUCAGAGAAAGAAAGAAAAAUCUAAAAACAGUCCCUUCCUAGCCACUAAUACAAGUCAAACACAAGCUAUGCACAUCGCAACGCAAACCACCCGCCUCGCGUUCCCAUAUAAUAAUAUGAACUAA